GCAUUCCCGACGCGCGAGGGCGCCCCAUUCCGCCAUCUACGUUUACUUUCUUCUCGAACGUCGCAUCGGCUGGUCGCACGGCCCGCUCGUUUGCCAUCGUCCGUCGACUGUGUAUGACCCCUUGGUACUUGGUGUGUGAAGCUAUUUGGUAGCGCAGUGCGUCCGGCCGCCACAGCCACCCGAACUUUGCCUGCUGCGAUACGCGUGCACGAAAUUCAAAUUGGCCCAGUCCAAAAGAACGUUUCCACCGUCACUUCUUCGAGUGCAAGUCUUGUUUUCUGUACCCAAGCGCCUUCAAUCUCUUACGUGGUUAUGUGCGUAUACCUUGUGCUGUGAAUGUUACUUUAAGCCAACUGUGUUUAGUGAUUCUACUCAUCUUAUUAUAAUGGAUUACUAUGUUUAUAAAACGUCCACAUGGCGAACAUGACAAAAUAAUAAUUGACAGAUGGUUUAAGAAGGGUGACGGUACUAUGGCCUGGCAUGGGAAGGUCCAGCCCGGUCUACUACUUCUUCUACUUUCUUUUGUGGUGAUAUCAGAGGCAACAAAAAGUAUAGGUGAAUAUCCAAUUCCAACGCCGAGGAUUAAAAAAUAUCGAUAUGAAACGGCUUAUGCUUGUGAGGGAAAAACGCUUAAGAUUGAAUGUAAAGAAGGGGAGUUAAUUAAGUUAAUACGGGCGAAUUAUGGUAGGUUCUCGAUAACAAUAUGCAACGAUCACGGAAACACCGACUGGAGCGUCAACUGCAUGUCACCGAAGUCCCUCCAAGUACUGCUCAGGAGCUGUGUCCAAAAUGACAAUUCAACAUGUAUUAUAGAUGUCAAUAAUGAAGUGUUUGGUGAUCCCUGUCCAGACACACACAAAUACAUUGAAGUGCAGUAUUAUUGCGACGCUACAACAACAACCACAACAGUUAGACCUAGUCCACCAUGGCUCAUUACAUCACAAUCACCAAUGUGGAGUACUGUAAAACCUUCAGCUAGGCCACCACCUCCCCCUCCUAAAGUUUCAGUCACGCCACCGAACCGGCCGGCAUCGACUACCGCGACGACGGCGCUGACCACGAGGGCCAGACACCAGGCGAACGCCCCGAACACGCCGCCGACGCCGGUUCAGUUGCCCAACAAUGAGGAGGACAGGAACACGAUUCCGGACGAGAUCACCACCUUGCCGUACACUACAACUGCGCCGAGGAGGAUCACAUACGAAAGCACUUUACCAAAUACCGAUAUAUCAUCGGUCCCGAGCGUAAUACCGCUGGCGAACGAUGAAGAUUUACCGAACCAUUGCGCCGCGAAAAAAGUACGGGGCGUCCAGUGGAACCGCACAAGAGUCAACGAGACCAAAACGCAAACGUGUCCGGAUGGGACGCAGGGCUUCGCCAAGUGGCAUUGUGUGGAGAUCAACAACAGUCCGCAGUGGUCGCCCCAAUAUCCAGAUCUCAGCGAGUGCAAAUCGAUGUGGCUGGCCAGCCUCGACAUGCGGGCAGCCAGAGAUCCGCCGAUAUCGAUAGCCAGCGAUUUGUCGAAGGUAACAAGUAGCAAGACGCUGUACGGAGGCGACAUGAUCAUCACCACCAGGAUCAUACAAAAAAUGACGCAGAAAAUGUCGAAGGACAUUCAGACGUUCCCCGAUACGAGACAACGCGAGGAGAUCGUCACUGAGCUGCUUAUAGAUGUCGCUAAAACUGGAAGUAAUUUACUAGACUCAUCUCAGCAUCCCUCUUGGAGAGAUUUAAGCUACAAAGAACAAAUGAGCGUCGCUACGUCGCUACUUAUCGGUCUCGAGGAAAAUGCAUUCUUAUUAGCAGACACUGUUAUGAGCAACAAAAUCGUCGACAAGGAAUUUAAAAAUAUCUUGUUGUCCGUACGAGUGUUGGACACGAAGUCAUUGACGACCGAAGUGUUCCCGUCAAACGCAAACACCAAAUGGAUAGCCAGCAACGACUCAAUCGAGCUGCCAAAGGGCGCCCUGCUCGAGAACAGCGACGGCAACUUCGUGCGUCUGGUGUUCAUUGCGUUCGACCGUUUGGAGGAGAUCCUGCACUGGCACCCGGACACCACGGACGCCGCCAACAACAAAAACGUAACCAGAAUAUUGAACAGCAAGGUAAUAUCGGCCAGCUUGGGCAAGGGUCGCCACAUCCAGCUUAGGGAGCCCGUGAAGCUGACCAUGAAGCACCUGAAGGUGGAGAACGUCAGCAAUCCGACCUGCGUGUUCUGGGACUACACCACGAACGCGUGGUCCGAGGAGGGGUGCAAGGUGGACGCGUCCAGCUCCAACAACACCCAUACCGUCUGCUUGUGCGAUCACUUGACGAAUUUCGCCAUACUGAUGGACGUGCACGCCGUCUAUUUACCGGUGCAGCACGAAAUCGCAUUGAAGGUUAUCACUUAUGUGGGAUGCGUAAUAUCCAUUAUAUGUCUGAUGUUGGCCGUCAUUACGUUCCUUGUAAUCAAAGGAAUUAAGAGCGAUCGAAAUACCAUUCACUUGAAUCUUUGUCUUUGUCUUUUUAUUGCCGAAAGUAUAUUCUUGGUCGGCAUCAGUCAGACCCAAAAUAGAACCCUCUGCGGUGUCUUCGCUGGGCUGUUGCAAUAUUUCUUCUUGUGUGCAUUUAUAUGGAUGUUCAUCGAAGGUUUCCAAUUAUAUGUCAUGUUAAUAGAAGUAUUCGAAGCCGAGAAAUCUAGGAUUAAGAAGUACUGUUGCUGUGCUUAUGGCAUUCCCAUCCUUAUCGUAGGUAUAUCAGCACUCGUAUACCCACAAGGAUACGGAACUGAACGGCACUGCUGGCUUCAAACCGACAAUUAUUUUAUAUAUAGUUUUGUUGGAAUUGUAAUGUUUAUUUUAGCCUUAAAUGUAAUAUUUUUAAUAAUGGCCAUUGUAAUGAUGUGCCGACAUGCGAGCGCAUCGGUCUCAAUGAAAAACAAGGAACAUUCCCGCUUGGCGAGCACCAGUGGAAAGGAGGAAAAUGCACUACAAAACAAAUUGCAAGUUCACUUGGCAUGGCUGAAGGGCGCAUUCGCCCUAGUGUUCCUGCUAGGUCUCACAUGGACCUUCGGCUUCUUGUACCUCAACGAAGAAUCCGUGGUCAUGGCGUACAUAUUCUGCGUCUUAAACUCCUUGCAGGGGCUCUUCAUUUUCGCCUUCCACUGCGUCCAAAACGAAAAGAUACGGAAGGAGUACCGCAAGUUCAUAAGAAAACAUUCCUGGUUACCGAAAUGUCUGAGGUGCUCCAAGCCCGGCAGCGGCACUAACAGCAGCAGCGGCAGCUCCGGGAUGGCCAAGGAACGCAGGACUAGCGUGUACGCGGGCUCGAACGGCAAUCCAUCCGGAACCAAUUCACAUUCGACAGAUAACUCGGUGUUGUCGCCUCACGGAACUAGUUUACAACGGGGUUGGAAUUCCCAGAGUUGCAGCAAUGUCAAUCACGUUGGCAAAACUCCUGUAACCACUUCUACUUCGGUCAACAUGGCUGCUACUCUGUGUCGCCCAAUAUGUCCUGGAAACUUCACCCCUCCUCCCGCUGAUCUAAAAUCUAACACGUCUACUUUACCUUACAUUAGAAAUUUUUGUAAAAAUACCGCUCUUACUCCUAACAUGCCCAAAUCUGUCUCUACUUGGGGUCCGUUACAAAAACCCCACUGGAAGAACAUUUCUUUUAAGUCAUAUAGCCGUGAUUCUGGCCACGGUGGUUCUGAGAAGGAGGAUUCGCCGCGAUCCCACGCCAUUAUAGCCGACCUAAGACUGAACGUGAACACGAACACAUCGAGACGGUACAUGCCCGGUAGCGAGGACGCGGCCACACAAGGCGGCACCUUAGGCCCGAACAGCCAACAGCAAAUAUACAAUGAUUACGGCAUGCGCAUGCAGAACACGAUACCACACCCGAAACACUUGCCCCUGAACCAAACCUUACAGCCGCACGGCACCCGCAAGAAGAACGGCGGCACAUACAAGCCGGGCGGCUACUGGAGCCACCACACCUACACCGAAAUAUUCGACGGCAGACAGCACAGAGGCUUGUACGAGGACGAUCCGGUUUACGAGGAGAUCGAACGCAACGAGAUCCAGGUGUCGGACAUGAGCGACGAGGACGGUAAGCGACAGAGCGACAUGAGCAGACAAUCGUCGCGUUCUUACGGCGACCACCGUCCACUAAUACCCCAUAGUCCGGGCACCGACCGCGGUAUCCUGGAUGUGAAGCACAAUCAAGCCAAAGAGAUGCACAGAUACGCCGGAUCGGCGGGCGCCGCCGAACUGGAGCCGUACAGAAUACGACCGAACAUGUACCGUGGCGGCGGCGGCAGCGGCACCGAGGCGGCCAGAUCGUUGGCCGCCGUGCUGGACGGCGAGACCGUCGUGUGCCACUUGGAGCCGCCCGAGAUGUAUUUGCGUGACCCGUACAUGUCUAGAACUCUGGGCAUGCCACCCUAUAGUGAAAGUUAGGAAACUGCCAUUUGCAAGUGAAUAUCUGUGAUUACCACAUGAUCAGACUUUUUCGGUCAUUAUUAUUAUUAAUUAAGUUAAGGAGCUCAGCUUAAUGAAUGAUUAUUGAAAGAAAGGAAGUGAUAAUUUUAUAAUAUUGAUAUUAUUAUAGUAACUGUAAUGAACCUAUUUUAUUAAAAGGGAAGCUUUUAGUGAGGAUCUUCCAAAAUCAAUUUACUUUUUGUAAUAUAAAAAUCAAUUUCUACUUACGCUCUUUUCUAAUUGUACAAAUUGAAAAUUGUUCAUAUACACUAGAUGUUAAACUUGCUCUCCAUAACACAACAUUCAAGUCAUUCCAGCUUUGGAGGGUCAAUAACGUAAAAUUUUGCAAGCAAGUGAGAGAAAGCAAGUUUAAUUACUUUUGAAAUCAUAAUAUUUAGCGUCAUAUAUAUUUAGGUUUAGAUUUAGUAUAUGAACAAUUUAAAUUAUUAACACUCUAGAUACGUUAGUUGUGUAUAUAAUUUAUUUAUGUGUUAUUUUAGAAUUCCAAUUGGCAACUGAUUUAUUUUUCUAAGUAUGAAGGAUUGAAUGACAAGAUUCCCUUGCGUAUUUUAAUUUCGAUCAAUGAAUUAGUCUUGACAUGUAUGACUGUUUUCAAUAGAAUUGACUUCCUCUAUGUGUACAUGUAUAAUAAGUUAUCAAGUAAUUGACAUCUGUAUGCAACAGUGGAUGCUUUUUCAAUAAAUUAGGUCAUAACAUAGUAAAUUUAGAACAAAUUAUUUUCCAUAUUCAUUAGUUACAUAAUAAUGUAUAUUAUUUACCAGUAGAACGAACGAAAUUAAUUUAUUUGCACCCAUAAUCUACGUGAAAAAUCACUUAUUGUUAGGAUAAAACGUCUGUAUAUUUUUGUUAACAAGACGUGAUUUUUCAUCUGGAUCCGAAUCCAUUUACGUUUUACUGGGAUCAUUUAUAUUUUAGUGCUUUUUAAGCCAUACCUAGCCAGCACAUAUGUAUAUAAAUAUAGAAAUAUCUGACGCAUUAAACCUUUGGCACUUGUUGGCAUUCUAAUAAUCAUUUUUAGUAAACCAGAUAUAUAAACGACUGUACAUACACUGGGUCUCAAAAAAAAUUCACAACACCCGUUGAUAAUGUAGAAAAUCUACAAGAACGUAGUUCCCACAUACAGUGCCGAACUUUUCCUUUGCACCGUUGCAAAAGCCCAAAAGUUCGAUGAUGUAUUUAACUAUAAACUAUUCGGUAAAACGUUGAAUGUUCUCAUUCAUGUGAUCAAUGUUUCUAAUAACUCGCAUUCCUUGAAUGGAACAUGCGUAUUUAAAUGUUUACGCAUGUAGGUUUAAGACAGUAAGCUAUCGACACUUGUUCUUGAAGAUUAUCAAAAUGUGUUUUUAUUUUGAUCUGAAAUUGCACUUAAAACGUUAAAAUUAAAUGUUUUCACCUGUUAUACUUCAAUCCUAUGCUAUUUCGAGUCAAAUAUUACUUAAUAGUACUUACAAUACGAUAUUUACAUUAUAGUAGUUGAGAUGUAGGUAAUGUUUGACUCCCCCAAAACGAUGGUAGACUAAAAUAGGAUGUAUUUUUUAUAUAAUAAACAACUAAUAAAUAAAAUAUAUGUGUUCCCAAUCAUAUGUCAAAUGUAUGUCAUACUAAUAAGGUGGUAUUCCUAUAGUUUUUUAAAUGUAUGUUAUAUAAAUCUUAAGAUUACUGGCUCAUAAUUAUAGAUCGAGUAAAAGCCUUUGAUUUGUCUGUAUGGAGACCCAGAAUUAAUGUUUUAAUGUUAUAUAUAUUUAUCCAUGUUCAGAGCAGAUGCUUUGAAAACUUGGAUACUGAGCAUCCAACAAUCCAGGGGAAUGAGAUAUUUCCAACCAUCUUUUCUACUACUACUACUACCACUACUUCAUGUUUUAAUUUCUUAAAUUUAUUAUUGUAAUUCUAUUAAAUUAAUGCAUAAAGUGGUAUUCAUUGUAUAUGUAUAAUGUAUACAUAACUUUCAUAUUACAAAACUAGUAAUAAAAACACAUACAAUGUUGAUUACUUUUGUGUUAAGUUAUUACAAUAAUUACAGUGUAUAUAUUGUAUAGUGCUUUGUACAUGUUGAUUUAUUGAAUGGUAUGACUUAGUCAGGCGUAAUAAUAAUAUAAAAUUUGUUAAUGCUGUGGCUUUUUAGGACUGGCCACAGCCCCAAAAAAACUACACAAAAAUGUAUUAAAUUUUAUUAUAAAAUCACGAAGUCUGACCAAUAAAGUAAUUUACUUGUAGACUUUA